UUAUAACGAAAACCACAUUUACGAUUUUACGUCGGCGUUACUAUGAUGUAACUUGAGUUAUUUUUAAAAUUUGUUGUAAAUAGAAAUUGUGGUAGAUAUCCGCGCAACUUUAAUCGCAAACAAUCUUCAGCAAAAAUGCAACUCGUACACCUUUUACUUUUAAUUUCUCAACUAUUGCUAAUUGUGAACGGUUGGACUUCUAGAGCACAUGUACCAAUGGAUCCAAAUGAUCCCACCUUUUGUCUGAGUGACGAUCCUUUGAUCGGACGACUGAAAUUGGGCGAAAGUAAAUCGUUACAUCCUCAUCAAUGCGUUCGAGCUACAUGUUCUCCGGGAAUGAUUCAGCGAGCCGGGUGUGGAGUGAUUGGAGCUACACCUCCAGACUUUAUUGGGGAACCAGAUCUCAGCAAACCGUACCCUGACUGUUGCCCUAAACUAAUUCGCGGUAUCCGUAUUGAUCCAUUGACUAUUUCUAAAUUGUAGGCUUUUCCAUCCAAUGGAAACUUGUGUACUUCCAUGUACGAGGGCUAUCCAGAAAGUAACAGACGUUUUGAAAUAAAAAAUUAAGAAAGUGUAAGAAGCAACUUUUAUUAUAUAUAUUUCGAAGCUACACUUUUAGGCUAUUUUUCAACAUAGUCGCCAUUCAUAUGGAGGCACUUAUCAUAGCGUGGUAAAAGUGUUUUGAUUUCAAUUGUAUCCAUCCGCCGCCUGAGACUUUAACCACGGCUUGAAGUUCGGCAUCACUGUCCAUGUGCUGUGUUGCGAACGAGGUCUUCAUCGCUGGGAAAAGGUGGAAGUCGCUUGGCGCUAGAUCCGAGCUGUAUGGAGGGUGAUCCUUUCUCCCAUCCAAAAUCAUCCAAGAGCUGUCCAGUACGUUGACUGUGUACGGGCGGGCGUUGUCGUCGAACAACAAAACUUGCACCUCUUUCCAGCGAUGAAGACCUGGCUCGCAACGCAGCGGUUCGAUAGGGACGCCGAACUUCAUGUCAGCAUUACCCAGUGCAGUUUAAAAUCUCAGGCGACGGAUUUAUAAAAGUUUGAAUCAAAACACUUGUGCCACGCUAUGAUAUGUGCCUCAAUUUGAAUGGCGCUUGUCUUGAUAAAUAGCCCAUGCUAGUGUAGCUCCCAAAUGUAUAUAAUAAGAUAUUUUCUUUACACGUAAACGUCUGCUACUUUCUGGACAACUCUCGUAUAUGGUAUAGGUAACUAAUUCCUGUUCGCUAUUGCGACGAUAAGGUACUUGCUUAACUGUUUACGAUUCUUUUAAUAAAAUGUCGUCUAAUCUCUUGCACUA